GGGGCUGUCCAGAAGGAAGAAGAUUAGCUAAAUCCAAUCCAGCAUAUGCCCACUGUGUGUGAGAGGAGAGAGGGAGCAGUGUCUUUGUCUCUCCUAUUUGAGCUGCUCGUUACUCCAACGCGAACACACAGACAGAUGAUCUCCAUAAAAAUAUAAACAAAAUCACCCAAAUUUUCUCUCCCCUUCCUCCUUCUACUCCUCCAUCUUUCACUCUUUGAUUCAGACCCCAUGAAAACAUUUCCCAACUGAAAGUUUUGAGCUUUUUCUGGAUUCUGUGUAACAAUUUCAAACAUCCAAUCUUGUAAUUUAGUUUUUCUGGGUUUUCUGCUUUGGCUUUUGGGAUGGUUUUUCUCACUCUCUUCUCUACAUAGCAUGAAAGUUCAAAGAUUUUGUAAUUUUUGGAUGAUUUGAAUGGAAGCUCAUAUCUAAGUCUAAAAACAAUUCCACCUUUUUGUCUUCUUUUCAGAUUUUUGCAGAGAUUUCUCUGCCUUUUAUUUUUUCUCUCUUAAAACGCCAUUUCAGAUCCCCAAUAAACUUUUGGUUUUUCAGUUCCCACGAUCCAAUUUGGACUCAAAAUCUCAACAAAACCCUCCAAAUUCCACAAACCUUGGUUUUAUAUUUCGCCUCUUCUAUUUCACACUUUCAUCACAGAAAAGUGUUAAAAUUUCAGUCUCUUUUGGUCUCAAAUCAGACUUCACGAAUCUAUUUCUGACCCAAGAACUCUGAAUUCGUUUCUGAAAAACAAAACCCAGAUCACCAAAUCUUCCAUAUUUCCCGAACUUUGGUCAAAAAUAGAAACUUGGGGUCCCACAAAAUGCAGGACCCUGCAACUUUCCAACCCAUGAAGCCCCAGUUUCCAGAGCAAGAGCAGCUGAAAUGUCCGCGCUGCGAGUCCUCCAACACCAAGUUUUGCUACUACAACAACUACAACCUCUCGCAGCCGCGCCACUUCUGCAAGAACUGCAAGCGGUACUGGACCAAAGGCGGCGCUUUGAGAAAUAUCCCCAUCGGCGGCGGAAGCAGGAAAAACACGAAGAAGUCGUCGUCGUCAGCUUCGAAACGUUCCUCAUCGACUUCCUCAUCGUCACUGUCGAGCUCUUCAGCAGCAGCAGCUCAGAACCCGGAUCCGCAGCCCGACCGGACCCGGGCCUACGGCUCAAAAGUCGAUCAAGACAGCGGAGUGAUGGACUUCUCAGGGAGCUUCAGCUCCCUCCUGACUUCAAAUGGGCAAUUCGGGUCGCUUCUGGAGGGUCUGAAUCCAAAUGGGUCGGGUCUGAAACUGAUGCAAAUGGGUGAUUUUGGGGAGAAUUUGGAUGCUGCAGGUAAUGUGAUGAAUUCGGAUCCGGGUCCGGGUUUGGAGGGCCAGAGCCAUGGGAAUCCAGAGAGCUAUAUGGGGUUGCAAAAUGGUGAUUCUUCAACGUCAAGCUGUUGGAAUGGGGCCAAUGGGUGGCCUGACCUUGCCAUUUAUACACCAGGUUCAAGUUUUCAGUAGAUAUAUUAAAUAGAUGGUUAUGCUUUUAAUCUUCUUUUCUUAAUCAUAAAUUUGGUAAUUGUGAUGAAAAGUGGAGCUGAAUUAUGACUCUAAACAAGCUUAUUCGAUAAGCUAAAAGCAGCUUCCAAAAGCUUAUUAUUUUCUGAUGUUAUAGAGGGUUUGAUAAAAAACACCACAGGGCCAUCAUGCCUUCAGCAUUCUAAUAUGUAAUGGUUUCUAUUUUCUCUCUUUUUGUGUGUGUUUUCUGUCUGUAUGUGGUCUUAUAGCCUCUAAAAUUAUUGAUUUUGCGGAUUUUUCCGCCAGAGAGAUCCUAGGAGGCUCCUCUUAUUAAAGGAUGCAUGACUUUCUUUUA